AUGGUCUGGGCAACAGCAAGGGUGUUCAAACCCUUCACCGCAGCUGCCAGCUCAGCAGCAUCCAACCUCACCUCCUCAGCCGCUUCCGCAUCCAUGUCCACCUCCGCCUCUUCCGCCUCAUCAUCGACAUACACCAUUCGAGCAGUCGCCGCCUUCUCCCGCGCCCUUCUCCGCUAUGGUUGUCGCAACGUCGCUGUCCGCGGUCUCGAUCGAUUCCUUUCCCAUCUCCACUCCUCCGAACGUCUCUCCUCCAACCGGGGCCUGCUCACAUACUGCAAUCACAUCUCAGUCCUCGACGAACCCACCAUAUGGGGCACACUACCCCCAUCCACCUUCCUCAACCCCCGCACUGUACGCUGGACCCUCGGAGCCAGCGAUAUCAUGUUCACCAACCCUCUCCUCUCUCGAUUCUUCCGCAACGGACAAUGCAUCGAGACGCAUCGCGGUGGUGGGAUUCAUCAGGCUGCUAUCGACGAAUCGAUAAAGAAGUUGAGUGGUGGUAGUUGGGUGCAUUUGUUUCCUGAGGCGUAUGUGAAUGUCAGCACGAGUACAAGAUUGAGACGGUUCAAGUGGGGGAUAAGCCGGAUGUUGUUGGAGGCGGAAAAAUUGCCGGUGGUAGUACCAAUUUGGAUUACUGGGUUUGAUCGGAUGAUGCCUGAACCGAGGGAAAAGCCAAAGUGGUUACCGAAGUUUGGGAAUCAUGUGACGAUUAAUUUUGGUGAACCGAUUAGUGAAGAGUUGCAACCGGUAGUGAAGGCGAUUAGGGAGAGUGGAGAUGUUGCUCCGCAGGAACUGUUGCCUGAGGCUUUGCGGUAUUCGGAAGCUCUUCUUCACGGAUCACCGGAUACCGCAAAAGCAGGCGUAGAAGGAGAUAGAUCUAUCCCGUCCAACGUAGCGACGGAAUGGAACACUGCAACUCUACUCAAUCUGAAGAAUACCGGCGAGUCACGGCUUUCCUUAGCACGAUCGCAACUCGCAGCACUGCUCAGACAUCAUCUCGGCCUCGUUGGGGUUGAACAGCGCAGAGCAGACGGCUACGAGAAUCCGGAAGAAGAAGGAACCCUCAUCCAUACCGAAUCUCUCCGACCGGCUACUCAGCAUAACAAAAACGUGAUGGUCGACGGAGAACGCAAGAAGCAUGGCGUCUAA